UUGACCAGCUCAAACAAUCAGACUGAGAUAUCUACUUCUACACAGAGUCCAUCCAUUACUAAAAAUGUCACAAUGCUGCACCAUGACAUCACAGUCUGCUGGAUGAAUCCAACUAAAUUCCAGCCUCAUUCCUGCAACAUCUCAGUCUUUAAUGGGAACACAUCAACAUGUUUUCAUCUCCCAGAAACCGUAUCAAACAAUCUCUGUAACAUUACCAAGUGUCAGGGAAUCACAAAAGGCAGUUGUAUAACAAUCCCUUUUUUAAGGCUGCGUGGUGCAGUCUUUAUUCAUGCAUGUACCCCAGAAGAUAUGACCGAAACCAAUAAAACAAGUGUUGCAACACCAAAACCGAGAACUCUGGAGCCUACUACUCCACUGAAGCCUACUACUCCCAGUAGAACUACUCCUACAAAACCAUCCAGUAAGCCUUCAACUGAGCCCCCCUCGACGACUGGAGCUCAAGUACACCCCUGUCCUUGUCAUGAAGAGAUUGAGAAUUUGACAGUCACUCUGAAGAGUCCCCAGGAUGCUAAGAAUUUGGAACAUCUUCUAAAGAUAUACAACACAUGUGGAAACAAAUUAGAUGUGUGUGAUCUCUGUUACUUGGGAUCUCUUGAUCAAAGGCUUCUUUUUGAGUUAAUUCAAAGGACAGAUUUCCCAGGAAACAAGCAAACUGUUAUUACUAAGGAUCAAUUCCUACAAGUGAACAAAGUCAAUAACAGUGACCUGAAGGACAUGCAACUUAACAUCCACCACAAAAAUAUUAAGGGAAACAUUACAAUCGAACUACCUCAGGAAGCUUUGGAAAAGGCAGUGCAGCAAAACAACCAUCUGAAAGCGGCCUUUUCAGUGUUGAUAAAUAACACUCAAUUUAGCGAGAGUCAGCUUCUACAGGGUCUGAUAAUCGUGAUUGACUUGGGAAACGCAAGCAUUUCCAAUCUCCAGAACCCUCUGAACAUCACCUUCCAACCCCAAGAGGCGCUACAGGAUAAUGGAACAUGUUCUUUUUGGAACUCAGGAAAAAAUGGUAGCGGAAUAUGGGAUAACUCUGGAUUACAAACAGAUACUGUAAAUGAACAAAUUGUCUGUAAAUCCACACACCUGACGUUCUUCGCAGUGCUACUGCAAAAUAAAGUUCCUAGUCUGAAUGCGGAAGCUUUAGAUGCCCUGAAGUACAUCUCUUACGUUGGCUGUGGGAUUUCUGCUGUUUUCAGUGCAAUGACAAUACUUAGCUUUUUUAAAUUGAAGAAGGUUAACAUUGACAACUCCAUUGUAAUCCAUGUGAAUCUCAGCGCAUCUCUGCUCCUCUUAUACUUUUUCUUCCUUGUCAAUGACAAGCUGUCCUCCCUGAGGAACAUGACUCUGUGUAAAACCAUUGCAGGCUGCAUGCAUUACUCCCUCCUCAGCAGCUUCAACUGGAUGGGGGUCGAAGCCUUUCAUAUGUACAUAAUGAUUAUCAAGGUCUACAACACCUAUGUGAGGCGCUACCUGCUAAAGCUGAGCUUGGUCGGCUGGGGGCUUCCAGUUCUGGUUAUCAUCAUCUUUGCUUCUGUAGAUCAGUACGAUAAACAGGAUAUCAUUACUACUGGGAACAAAACCUAUGGAGAAUUCUGCUGGCUGAAGGCCAAUGAUGUUUACCUGGUAAACCUGAGCUACUUCGCAGUGACAUUCCUGUUUUCAGCAGUUGUGCUGGCCCUGAUCUGCUGGAGAAUGUACUCUUUGAGGAGAUUGCAGCCUGGAGUGCAGGGAAGAUGCUUGGGUUGCAGGGAUAUCGUCAACAUUCUGGGGCUGACCUGCCUGCUGGGCACCUCCUGGGGGUUUACCUUCUGGGGCUAUGGACCCAUGUCACUUCCUGUCUUCAUAGUCUUCAGUGUAUUGAACUCCUUGCAAGGAUUAUUUAUCUUCCUGCUGGUCUUAUUAAAUCUUUUGAGAGAAAAAAGACAACACAAGAUGAUCCCCACUAGAAGCACAAACAUUGAACUGCAGCCCCGAGCUACACAGCAAUACAAAUUAAACAGGGAGAGCAGUGGGGUGCACUUCUUUAGAAUGUGAGUUCUUCUGAUUGCUCUGGGGAGUUCAGUUAGAUUUGAAAGUUUUACUAGGCAUGUUUUCAUUUUACAUUUUACAAAUCCACAUAUUUAGCAUUUGUAUUUAGGUUGUGCUCACAGCUUAAAGUAUAACCACAUGUUAUGGAAGCAAUCUGAAUUUACUGAAAUAAGCCAAUUCCACUGGAAGAGAAGACUUGUUUUUUGAGUAGCUUUGCACAUACUGUAAAAUGUGUAACUUUUGCAAAUGUUCAUUUUUGUGGGCUUAAAUUAGUUUAGAAAAAAAAAUGUUUUGGCUAUAGUGCUAUACAAG